AUGGAUAAUGACGAUAACAGUCACGUAUAUGGAUAUGUAGCACAUGGUUGGGAGAGUAUACGUUCUGCUUUCAAGCAAAAUUUAGUCGAUGGACUUGAUAUCGGUGCAAGUUUAUGCAUCUAUUAUCGUGAAGAAUGUGUUAUUGAUUUAUAUGGCGGUUGGAAAGAUACACAAACAAAAAAAGAACCUUAUACGUCAGAUACAUUACAAUUAGUGUUUUCAACUUCCAAAGGAAUAUUAGCUGCAGCUAUAGCAUUAUGUGUAGAAAGGGGUUGGCUUGAUUAUGAUGCACGUGUUUCAGAAUGUUGGCCAGAAUUUGCUUGUAAUGGAAAAUAG